GGAGGCAGGGCCCGGGCGGAGCUGGGCCUCGGCCCGUCCCUCUGCCCGGGGCUCCGCAGGCCGAGCGGGCCGUCGGGUACCACUGCUGGGGGAGACAGGUCAAACCUUUCUCUUACUAACAAAGAUGUCAGAGGGUUACAUGUCUGAACGUUCCUUACUGCCAUCAGAGAAAAGUUCCUUCCAGGCAGUUUUAGCCACAUUGUUUCUAAUGACUACAAAAUCAAAUAUAAACAGGAUGUAAUACUGAUAUGAAACUCGUUGUUUUAUUAGUAUGGGAACUUUAUAGAUGCUUUACGGCUCUAUGUGAGAGGAGGAACUGGUGGAAUGGGUUAUCCUCGUCUAGGUGGAGAAGGAGGGAGAGGUGGUGACGUCUGGUUUGUCGCCCAAGAAAGAACUACUUUAAAGACCAUAAGGGACAAAUAUCCCCAGAAGCGAUUCGUAGCUGGAACGGGAGCCAACAGCAGUGUUAGAUCACUAAAAGGUGAAAAAGGAGAAGAUUGUGAAGUUCAUGUGCCUCUGGGAAUUUCAAUUCUUUGUGAUGAUGGCAAGCAGAUUGGAGAGCUUAAUGCAGCAGGAGAGAGAUUCUUAGCAGCUCGUGGAGGUCUUGGAGGCUCUUUGAUCACAAACUUUAUGCCUUGCAAAGGUCAGAAGCGGAUUGUUCGUCUUGAUUUGAAACUUAUAGCAGAUGUUGGCUUAGUUGGGUUUCCAAAUGCAGGAAAAUCAUCCUUACUAAGCAAGAUUUCUCAUGCCAAACCUGAGAUUGCAGAUUAUGCAUUUACAACAAUACAGCCUAAACUAGGAAAGAUCAUGUAUUCAGAUUAUAAGCAGAUUUCAGUAGCUGAUCUCCCAGGAUUGAUUGAAGGCGCACAUGUAAACAAAGGGAUGGGCCACAAAUUUCUCAAACAUGUAGAAAGAACCAAACAGCUUCUCUUAGUUGUUGAUAUUUCUGGGUUUCAGCUGUCUAUUAAGACUCAGUUCAGAACAGCCUUUGAAACUAUAUUGCUUCUAACAAAGGAACUGCAGCUGUACAAAGAGGAACUUCUAACAAAGCCUGCACUUCUUGUCAUUAAUAAAAUGGAUUUACCUUGUGCAAAGGAUAACUUGAAUGAACUUACUUAUCAACUACAGAAUCCUCAAGACUUCUUACACUUACUACCGGAAGAAAUGGUCCCUGCAAAUACACUUGAAUUCAAAUAUAUAAUUCCUAUAUCUACAUACACUGGAGAAGGAAUUGAGGAACUAAAAGAAUGUAUAAGAAAAUCCAUAUAUGAGGAAGCAGAACAGGAGAAUGAAGAAUAUCGGAAAAAGAAACUCCUACUUCUGCAAACUUCAGAAGAGCAAGAAAUGAACAGAAGUUAGCAUUCAUGGCUGGAGCCAAUGCGUUUUAGUAUUUUUAGUAUGUACAUGAACCCAUUGCUGUGCAGACCUUUCGUUUAACUUUUGUUCCUUCUACCACAACUGCCCAGUUCUCUGCUCCCCACUUUGUCUCAGUUUUUUUCUGGCACUUGGGUAGAGCACAGUGGGGAAAGGAACAGGUUUUUCUGAUUUAUGUUGGCUACCAACUCAACAGAGUAAAGACCAAAGUAUGUGCAGCUCAAAGUACUGCUUAACAACUGAUGAUCCCUGGAAUAUUUUUUGCCAAAUAAGAUGAAUGGGAGGAAUAUGACCCACACAGGUAGCAAAGGAGCAGGUUCAUCCACUCUGUAUCUUCUGCCGUGGCAUCAGAAACACCAAGGGAGAUUUCUGAUAGAGCAUUUCCCAGGAUCUAGUGCUUUUAAGGUGAACCAGUUCUGCUGCUUUGACAGGCAUCGGAUUGGG